AUGGAUGGAAGCUCUUGUGGUGACAAAAAUAGAGUGCGAAAAGGCAAGUGGACUCAUGAAGAAGACAACAAGUUGAUUGCUUAUGUAACUAGAUAUGGCUGUUGGAAUUGGCGACAACUACCUAAAUUUGCAGGUCUUGAAAGAUGUGGAAAGAGUUGUAGAUUAAGGUGGUUGAACUAUCUAAGACCAGAUAUCAAAAGAGGAAACUUUUCUCAACAAGAAGAAGACACUAUCAUAAAGCUUCAUGAAAAACUUGGUAAUAGAUGGAGAGAGAUUGCUGCAAAUUUACCAGGGAGAACAGAUAACGAGAUAAAGAAUCAUUGGCACACCAACUUGAAAAAGCGUUUUAUAAAGAAUAAUAAGUCUGACACUAAACGUGAAACAGAAAAAACCAAAACUUCAAAUUCAAAUAAACACCCUGCAAUGGAAGAAGCCAAUAAACUUGAAGGAGCAUUAGAAAACAAUAUUGUUCCAAAUAUUACGAAUACAUUGUCUUCAACCCCAUCUUCAAGUGGAUUCUCUUCCAUAACAAUGGACACUGCAGCAGCCACAAUAUCAUAUGAAAGUUCAAUUCUUGAUGACUACGAGCUUCCUUUUAUGGAUGCAUACAUGGAUGUUUUGAGUGAUAGUUUCUGGACAGAACCAUAUAUGAUAGACAAUUCACAUGUUCCUCCAAAUGGAGAAGCUAGCUUAUUAACUGUGGGAUAUGAACAUGAAUACUUUAGUCUUAUGUACGAUGUUGAACUUUGGAGCAAUGGACAAUAA